AUGUCGCGCGCGCGCCGCUGGCUGGACCAGCACCCCUCCACCCUGUUGAGGGUCCUGGAGGGCGUGGUGCGCUUCCUUAAUGUGGCCCUGGCGGUGGCGGGCCUGGUUGUCUUCGCCUGGGGGGCGGUGACUCUGGCCCAAAUAAAACACAUGGAGGAGCCACGCGGCGGCGGCGGCUCGCCGUCGCCGUCGCCGCCGCCGUCGCCGUCCCCCAAGCCCGGGCCGCAACCACCGCCGCGUUUGCUCGGCGGCGUCCCCGGCCUGGCGCCGCUGCUGUCUCUGCUGCCCGGCGCCCCCUCCGACGGCCUCGAGUGCCCCUGGUUUGUCUACGCGUUCGCGGCGGUAGGCGCGGCGACGGCGGUGGCGGCGCUCACAGCGCUGGCGGGCACCGCGCUGCGCAGUGUUGUGCUGGUCAACCUGAACGUGCUGCUGAUGUGCCUGGUGCUGACGGCACAGGCCUGUGUGGGUGUUGCGGCGUUCCUGGAUCACAGCUGGGAGCGGCGGCUGCCAGACAUUGAUGAGGCAGCAAAGGCCUGGCUGGCCAAGAGGCUGCAGGUGGUCAAGUGGGUGGGCGCGGGGCUGUUCUUGCUGCAGCUGGUGACGCUGCUGCUGAGCUGCGGGCUGCAGAGCGCCUACGCCACCGCCGAGGAGGCUGCGGAGGACGAGGAGGAGGAGGCGGCGUGGAGGCGGCGGCCGCUGCUGCAGGGCGAGGGGCGCGCGCCAACGCCACCCUGGGGCGUCCUCGGGGGCCCGCAGCCUGCCGCAGCCCGCGGCAUCACGCCGCCGCUGCCCGGCAGCCGCGACGCCGCGGCCGGGGCGGCCACCCCCGACCCCGAGGAGGCUGCGUGGCGCGCGCGCAUGCAGGAGCGGUAUGGGCUAGACACGACCCAGUUUGGCGGCGCGGCGGGGGCAGCGGGACAGGGGCGGCAGAGGGGCGGGGGCAGCAGCGAGGUGCGGGACAGGGGCGGCUGCGUCGUGAUGUGA